AUAUGAAGUAUAUAUGUGUGUAUAAACUGUAUAUCUAUAUGUGGUGAGGAAUGUCCCCGACCUAUUAUCGUUCAUAAACAAACGGCUUAAUAAUAAUAAAUAAUUGAUUAUUUAAAAUAAAAUAAAAGUACGGACGGAGUUAAUUGAGCUAAGAUAAUAAAGCCUCUCAGCUAAUUCCCUCAUUCAACGGAUAGAUUGCCUCUGAACUUGUUGCCAUCAUGCCUCCAACCAUUCAUAACAUUCCGCGACAUACUGAUCGCAAUCGAAAUCCAGCUGAGAAAAGGUCAGAGCUGGUGUCUCGUGUUAAAUACAACAACACCUUGCCAGACAUCCCAUUUGAUCCGAAGUCUAUCACCUACCCAUUUGAUACAUCGAGGUACGUGCAGUACAAUCAGACCUCACUGGAGAGGAACUACAAGUUUGAUUUGUUGACUGAGCAUGACUUGGGAGUCAGCAUCGACCUCAUAAAUGCCGACGCUUAUCAGAUCAAUCCAAAUGUAAAAAUAUCACCAAGUGAUGAGCCGUUGAUAGAAGAUGAGUCCAAUGCACCAACUGAUUCUAAAAGGUCUCUAAGCCACCGAAAAAGUGUCUCUUGGUUGAGAAAGACCGAAUACAUCUCAACAGAGUACAACAGAUUUGUUCAAAAGGACAAUAAAGCUGAAGCUAGAGUUGGCUUCAACAUCAACAAGAAAAUAACAGACGAGAUUCUCUACAAAGACAGGGACAGCCAGAUAAAAGCCAUCAACGCCACCUUCGAUGCUGCAUCCAAACCUAUCCACGAACACUACAGCAAACCAAAUGUUGUUCCAGUGGAAGUUCUGCCACUUCUCCCUGAUUUCGAAAUGUGGAAGCAUCCGUUCGCUCAGGUCAUCUUCGAUUCUGACCCAGCCGCCGUUGGAAAGAGUGUGGCCGCUCAGAUGGAGGAGAUGUCUCAAGCGAUCAUCUGCGGCGAGCAGUUCGUUACCUACUUCCUGCCGACAACGGAAACGAUGAACAAACGGAAGAGGGACCAGGAAUCUGGCAUCGAUUAUGAGGAGGAGGAUGAAUACGAGUACACGUUGGCUCGCGAGUACAACUGGACUGUAAAAAACAAAUCAUCGCAAGAUUACGUCGAAAACCACUUUGUCGUCUUCCGAGAUACCGGAGUGUACUAUAAUGAGCUGGAGACAAGAGUGAGAUUGAGCAAAAGAAGGAAAGUGGGUCAGACAAGUCAGGCGGUUCCAAAAUCUAGACUUGUCGUCAGACAUCGUCCUCUCACCUCUCAAGAAGUUGCAGAACAGGACGCUCGAUCAUCAAUAUUGGAACCUCUGAUGGAUGAAGAUGAAGAGAUGGAAUUCCAUCACAAACUCAACAGGCAGGAUGAACAACAUAACAGUUAUGACGCAGACAAAGAUGCUGCAGGCACUCCAGUUUAUGAAGAUGGAGAGGAGGAUCGUGAUGAAGAAAACGACGAUGGUGAUGUUGCUGCUGAUGACGACGACGACGAGGAUGAUGUUGAGAAGAAAUCAACUAACAAUGAAAUGGCAGAUGAUGGACCGGACAGCGGACAGCAACAAGAACAAGACCGUGAUGGAGAAGAGAGCAACGCCAGCUCAUCAUCUGGCAGUGAGGCUGGAGAUGUUGACGAGGAUGAAAACGAGGAUGACAAUAAGGAGAAGGAAGAAAUUUUCGGGAGUGAAAGCUCCGAUAGUGAUUGAACAUCUGAUUGAAUGUCACUGUUUGAUUGGUUGGUCGUAAAUAAUUAGUUGAUGUUUGAACUGUUAGACUGGUUGUGUAUGAUUUGGUCAGCUGAUGUCUUUGCUAUUUGAUUGGCUGUUCAAGGGAUUAAGUUUGUGCUGUUUGUAUUAGUAAUUAACCAAUUACCAUGAUUAAUUGAUUGUCGGUAAUUGUAAUAGAUUGUGACCGCUUAUUAAAUGUUGGUGUCUCUUUUUUCAAUAUUCCGAUGACUGGAUUGAAUAUCCUCAAAUUUCUUCAAUUUAUCUUAGUUUUAUUUGAAAAAUUAAAAAAAUAUU